AUAGCGUAUCUUAGUAAGAAAAUAUUCUGAUGAAGAAGAGAAAAGAUGGUAGUGUAUUGUUCAUUCAAUGGGUUGUAACCGGUUGGGUCCGUAACGUAACGUUACGCUACGCAUAAAAUAUUCACAAAGAAUUACCACGUAAAUAUGUGUGUAGAUCUUUAUGAGAAUACGGAGAAAACGGACAUCGACAGAGAAAAAUCGCGUCCCCUUUGCUCUGUGUUGGUUGCCACGGCUCCCCGAUUGAUGUUUUCAGCUAGCUAGCAGACGUUGCAUCGUUGGACUUGCUUCCAAAUGGAUUCAUCUGCAUAGCGGGUUCAGUCUUCCCCACACCAGUCCUACUGAGGGGGAGGAUGGCACAUCAACGCCCUGUGUCAGAGCUUCCCCAGUGGACAGUAGUCCCAGAAGGGGAACCUGACUCCGACCUGGACUCCGGUGUCGGAGAGGAUGCAGAAGAAGCUGGCUGUCACCACAGCAACGAUGUGUUGCACCCGCAGGAGGGAGUUGGGCCGAGAGUCAGAGCGGGAGAUUUCAACAUCUUUGUUUCCUUUCAGGGAAACAUGGAGGAUGAGGACUUCCAGGAGAAACUAGACAAAAUCCUGAAGAGGAUGCCUAGUAUGCUUGAAUUAGAUUCCGAUAGGCUGCAGCCUCAGCAUGUGGAGCCGUGGAAUAGUGUGCGCGUCACCUUCAACAUCCCUCGGGACGCGGCAGAGCGACUCAGACUGCUGGCCCAGAAUAACCAGCAGCAGCUCCGAGACCUGGGCAUCCUCUCCGUACAAAUCGAGGGCGAAGGAGCCAUCAAUGUGGCAAUUGGGCAAAACAGAGGUCAGGAGGUCCGGGUCAACGGACCAAUGGGUGCGCCUGGCCAGAUGAGGAUGGAUUUAGGAUUUCCAGGACAACCAGGCCCAGGAGGCAUGAGAAUGAGUAACCCAUCAAUGGUCCCGCCCGGCCCCAGUAUGUCUGGCCAGGCCAUGGUCGCUGGCAGCAGUGGACAGAUGCACCCCCGAGCUGCCAGACCCCCACAGCAGGCCGAUGCAAUGGACCCCAUGAUGUCGUUACAGCAGCAACAGCUUCAGCAUCCCCAGGCUGGCCCCCAUGGCCCCAUGGCCCCCCAGGGUUCUCACCACAUGCAGGCCAUGCAGGCCGGGAGGCAGCUCAACCCAGCAGCACUCCAGCAGCAGGCUCAGCAGCAAGCCCAGAUGUCCCAGCUUGGUGGGCCCCGUCCUCCCUUCAACCCCUCCGGCCAGAUGCCUGGACAAUCUGGUUGGAACCUUCCUGCCCAGGGAGCCCCCAUGAGUCAAGCUUGGAGGAAGGCCCCUCCCCAAGUCCAGAUGGGUCAGCGUCCCCCCUCCCUGGCUACGGUCCAGACCCCCAGCCAUCCUCCACCUCCGUACCCGUUUGGUAGCCAACAGGCCGGACAGGUGUUCAGUGCUAUGGGGCAGGGGCAGGGGCAGCUCCAGCCACAGCAGCAAGGGGGUGCUCAGUUUGCCGCCCCCCAACCUAAAGGUCACCAAGGUGUGCCUGGUGUGGUGGCAGGACCCCCUAGACCUCCUCCACCUCUGCCUCCCUCAUCAGGACCUCAGGGUAACCUCACGGCCAAGUCCCCAGGGUCUUCACCUUCCCCCUUCCAGCAGGGUUCUCCUGGAACUCCACCCAUGAUGGGGCAAGGUCAGGCCCAGCUUGGCCCUCGACCUACGACCCCACAGGGUUUUCCUCAAGGGGUGGGUUCACCUGGCAGGGCCGUGCUGGGACAGCAGGGUAACAUGCAGCAAGGGUUCAUGGGAAUGCCCCAACAUGGGCAGCCUGGACCUCAAGUUCAUCAAGGAGGAAUGGGCGGCAUGCCCAAGCGUCUGCCCAUGGGCUUCCCUAACGUCCAAGGGAACCAAAACUUUGCUCAGGUGACCAGCGCUGCAGGAACCCAGGGGGGAGGAGCCAAUCCCCAGCUUCAAAACAGCCAGGCUAUGGCGCACACAGGUGCCCAGUUGUCAGCCUCUACACCCAUGCAAGGUCCGUCCCACUCCCAACCCAAUGCCAUGGGUCUCCACAGUCAGCCUCCAGGCACUACUUCUGGACCCAGUAUGACCCAGACCCAGCCCAGCCUCCAGACUCAGAUGAUGGGUCACCAGGGUCAGCCUGUGUCCUCAUCCCCCAGUCAGAUGGUCCAGGGUGGGGGUCCUGGGCAAACGGUUCUCUCCAGACCACUUAACCCUGGGCAGAGAGGAGGCAUGACCCCACCGAAACAACUGAUUCCCCAGCAGGGUCAAGGAGGGAUGCAUAGCGGGCAAGGGCAUCAGGCAAUGCUUCUACAGCAGCAGAACUCCAUAAUGGAACAAAUGCAACAGAUGCAAGGAAACAAGCAGGCGUUUGGGGUGAAAGGUCAAGCAGGAGUGAUGCCUGGUCAGAUGAUGCGUGGACCAUCUCCUAAUGUGCCUGGUAACAUGAGCCAGUUCCAGCAGGCUCAGGUAGGCCAGCAACAACAACAAAUGACUCCACAGCAACAACAUCAACAACAACAACAACAGCAAAUGGCUCAGCUCCAACAGCAGCAGUUGCAGCAGCAACACCAGCUACAACAGCAACAACUCCAACAGCAACUACAACAACAACAACAGAUGAGUCAGCAGCAGCCCCAACAGGUCCCCAUGGGAAGCAAUCCCAACCAGACUAUGGGUAUGCACGGCCAACAGAUGCGACUCCCAAGUGGCCACCCUCUGGUCCAGCAACAGCUCCAGCAGCAACAGCUCCAGCAGCAGCAGAAGCAACAAGCCAUGCUUCAACAGCAGGCAGCACAACAGCAGCACCCGCACACUCUCGGAGACCCGAACGGCAGCACAGGCGACAUGGCCGGAGUCCAGCAGAUGCUCCCAGAUAUGCAGGGUCAGCAACAGCAGCAGGGCAUGAUGGGUAUUGGAGUGCCCCAGCACAUGCAGGUGAGCAACGGCCACUUCCCGGGUCACGGGAUGAACUUUAACCCCCAGUUCGGGGGUCAGAUGCCCAUGGGGGGACCCUGCGCUCAGGCAGGGGGUUUCCCAGUGAACAAGGACGUGACGCUGACCAGUCCUCUCCUGGUCAACCUGCUUCAGAGUGACAUCUCUGCCAGUCAGUUCGGGCCGGGCGGGAAGCAGGGGGCUGGAGGACCCGGCCAAGCCAAACCCAAGAAGAAGAAGCCACCACGGAAGAAGAAGCCUAAAGUAGGAGAACAACCGGUGGAGGGUCUAGGGGGGCUUGAUGUGGGCACUGGUCUGGAAGACCAAGAGCUGCCAGGAUUGAGUGGGGAACAGGGGCUGGGUAUGGACCCUUCCGGACCCAAACUGUCAGAUUUUCCCAACAGGCCUGCGAGUUUUCCUGGCCAGACCGGAGACCAGAGAGUCCUGCAGCAGGUUCCCAUGCAGUUCAUGCAACAACAACAACAACAGCAGCAUCAACAACAACAACAGCAACAACAAAUGCAGCAUAUGCAGCAACAACAACAACUACAGCAGCAGAUGCAAAUGCAGAUGCAGGGAAUGCAGGUCCCUCCUGGACAGCAGGGCGGGGCUGGAGCUCAGAGUCAGACUCAAGGCCAGCCACAGAUGCACCCUCAUCAGCUACAGCAGCAGCAGCAGCAGCAGCAGCAGCAGCAACAGCAGCAGCAGCAGCAGCAGCAGCAGCAGCAACAACAACAACAGCAGCAGCAACAACAGCAGCAGCAGCAGCAACAACAACAACAGCAGCAGCAAAUGAUGAUGAUGAUGAAGAUGCAGGAGCAGGCUAAGAACCGCAUGCCGCUCACUCCUGGCGGGCAGCACCCCUCCAGGACCAUGGUGAACCCUGGUGAGGCCCAGAGGAUGCCAGUCUCCCAACAAGGCAACAUGCCUGUCAUGAUCAACCUACAGGGGCAUGGAGUGCCCCCCUCCCCAGACAAGGCCAGAGGAAUGCCCCUAAUGGUAAACCCACAGAUGGCCGGGGCAGCCAGACGGAUGUCUCACCCUGAGGCAGGACCUGGUACCCAGGUUACGGGGGCAGAGGAGGCCCCUGGAGGUCCCCAUUCCCUGCCGGACCGACCCGGGGGCCAGGAUAUGGGGAUGCAGCCUGGGAACGGCACUCAACAAAUGGUGGUGAACCAGGGCCCCAACGGCCACAUGAUGAAGCAGGGACCUGGCCCCUCUGGCAUAUCCCAACACCCCGGAGCCAGCCCACAGCAGCAGAUGCCCCCUCAGCCCCAGCAAGGUGGCCCCAUGCCAGGCCUCCACUUCCCUAACGUCCCCACUACCUCCCAGAGCUCCAGGCCCAAAACCCCAAACAGGGCCAGUCCCAGGCCUUACCACCAUCCUCUCACCCCUACCAACCGUCCUCCUAGCACAGAGCCCUCUGAGAUCAACCUCUCCCCUGAGAGGCUGAACGCCUCUAUUGCAGGCCUGUUCCCUCCCAAGAUCAACAUCCCUCUUCCCCCCAGGCAACCUAACCUCAGCCGGGGCUUUGACCAGCAGGGCGGCCUCAACCCCACCACCCUUAAAGCCAUAGGGCAGGCUCCUCCCAGCCUCUCAAUGCCUGGCAAUAACGGAAGCGCUGGGGGAAACUCCAAUAAUGGUCAGCAGUCUUUCCCAACAGGCAGCGGAGCGGCCAACUUGGCCCAGGCGAAACAGGACAAGCAACCUGGGGGUGGGCUGGCUAAAAGGGUCAGUCCCAGCAACAGCCGAAGAUCCAGUCCUGCCUCCAGCCGCAAAGCUGCCACCCCCAGUCCGGGGAGGCAGAAGGGGGCCAAGAUGGCCCUCACCACCCCUCCGCACCAGCAGCAAAUGGUCAACCCCCAGACGGGCCAGACUAUAAUGCACAGCCCCGCGGUCGUGCCUCCUAGCCCAGUCUCUCACCUGCAAGGGACGGGCCCAGAAGCUCAGCAGAUCCAGAGCCCCUUCCAGGUGCCGCAGGGUAACACGACAGAGAUGUCUAGGGAAGGGCAGGGCAUGCCGGGUGUUGAGCAGCGCCAGAUGCCCCAGCCUCUGAGGGAGCUCGCCACACCCCGGAUGUCUAGCCCUCGGGUCCCAACUCCUCAGGAGGCUAAAUCUGGUCUUGAGCCCACGCUGGUAGCUGCAGAGAGGCAACCACUGUCUGCUUCUGAGGCGUCUGCUGCUCUUAGGGCUGCUCCUACCUCUCUCAACCAACUACUGGACAACUCUGUCAACCCCAGCGUGCCAGCCAGGUGCACCCAAGGCCCUCCGGCUGGGGAUCCUAGCUCCAAGGAGAGCACUAAAGCCACUGUAGACCGAGAAAUCCCAUCCGGUGCUUUUCAGACUUCUGAAGUUAGGAUUUCCCCAGUGGCUACUGCUGCUGUUACUGUGAAGGAGUUGGAAACUAAACCUAACCCCAAUUCAGCUCCCACACCGAAACACCCAAAUCUGGUUGGUAGUCCUAACCCGCAGCCUAACACAAAUCCUAAUCUGAGUGCUAAUCCUAGCCUCAAUUUAAACCCAAGUGCUGGCCCUAAUUUACACAUGAGCUCUGGUCCCGGCAUCAACCCUAACACCCCUAGCCCUAACUUAAAUCCCGCCGCUACCUCCAGCCCUGCUUUAAACCAGACUGCUAGCCUCCGCUUCAGCGCGGCCGCUAGCCCCAGCACGGCCAUGGUCGGCCACCGGAAUCCCAGCCCAAACCCUGCAGCCAGCCCCAAGCCAACACCUAGCCCAAAACCUGCGACGAGCGUCUCCGCAGUCCUGCAGAUCCCGGCGUCGUCCACCGCCAUCUCCUCCAACCAGAUAGCCGUGUUGGUCACCUCCAUCAGUUCCACCUCCGCCCAGGUCCAGCCAGCUGUUGUCUCUGCCAUGAUGACCGUGCCCAACAAGAGCAUCCGGCCCCAGCAGGCUCCCGGCCCCCGGUCCCAGGUCAUCCCCACGUCUUUGUUCAUCAACACCAGGACCCCCAUCUUCCAGGUGUCGACUUCGUCCGUCGCCCCCAACGCUGGUGCAGUUUCCCAGCCGGUCAGCGUGGUAGGGCCCAUCCAGGUGUCCAGCGCAAACUUCCAGUUCACCACCGCUCCGACCCAGGCCAAAGCUCCGGUGGUCAUGGCUCCUGCCUCAACCCAGGCGGCUGUAGUUAGCGUGACCGGCAUGCAGCCAGCCCGAACCCUGGUGGAGCAGGUCCAGAUGGCCACCAGACAGGCUUCCCCUAUUGCCACUCUUCCUCCUCCACCGCAACAACGGCCUGGCACUCCCAAGCCAGAGGCCCCUGGUGAGGCCCCUGGCGGCCAGAAAUAUAGCCCACCGCUUGGGCAGCCGUCCCCCCGUCCGAGCCCCUCACCUACAGCCUCAGCCUCAUCUCCCUUCCAUCAACCCCUCGUGUCCCCUCCUCCGUGCUCCAGCCCCAGUGCCCCAACUGGCUCCCGGAAAAGCCCCAUGUCCCCCUCAUCGACUGCCCAGGCCCAUGGCAAGCUGGUCCAUGCUCCUGGCGCCGCACCAGCAAGCAGUUUACCAGGUUCCCAACAGGUGGCUAAAGACCGGCCCGCCCAGCCUUUAGCAGCGGCUUCCCAGUCUGGUCUGAAUGCCGGGCCUGUGCCUCCUCACCCCUCCCCUCUGCUGCCCGUCGCCCAGAACGAGGCACAUAUGCCCAACCCUCCCGCCACUGCUCUGAAAGUCACCACCCCUCCUCCCGUAUCGUCCCCAGCUCCGACACCUGCCCUUGUUGCUCAGUCCUCCGCUCCUGCCCCAGCCUCUUCCCCCCUCUCCACAGUUCCGGUCCGUGUCAACACCCCGACCCCUGCUCUGCUCCCAAGUCCAUCCCAGGCCACCUCUCCUGUCGCGCCUGGUCCCUCCAACCCUUCCGGGGAGUCUGCAGUCUCAUCCUCCCAUGCGACCACCGCCCCUACUGGGUCCCAGCCCGUCCCCACAACCACAGAGCCUCCCAACCAACCAGCCCCACCAGAUGCCCCGGCAUCCGCAGAUAACACCCCAGCGUCAGUUGAACCUGAGGGUCUACAGCAAGAAGAGGCAGCUGCUACUGAGAAGACUGCAGAAGAUGGUGCAACUAUAUCCGAGCAAGGAUGGGCAAAGAAAAGAAAGACGCCCGUCAACUUAGUCCCAAGGGUUGCCGUGGAGAAGCCGAAGGGUCCUAGCAGACGGAGCUCGCGGGCGGACAAGGAGGUGGACGAGGAGACCGUGGCAGACAGCAUGCAGAGGAAGAGACCGGCCAGGCCUGGAGCUAGUGCCGCUACUAAAGAGACGGGUGCCAGCCCUACCCAGGCUAAGAGAAGGAAGUCUAAAUGACCACAGAAUAAAACCCUGUGGACUCAAAUGUACAUUCAUUUUUCUCUGUCAAUCAUUUGAUGAGCUACUGUUCUCCUGAUUUAUGAAUUUAAGUAUGUUUCCCCUUUCACAUGUGGUCCUACUUUCAUUCUUUCUAAUUAUGUUAUAAAGGUGCAAAACACAACAAGCUCACAUUACAUCGGAAUGUUAUUUUGGCAUAUGUCUCUGCACUAGAAAGUUGAAAUGCUGUUUUCACUACAACUAUUGGAAUAAACAAAAGACGCAGACAUUAUCCAGAUGAGCUUAUGUUGUAAUUUGAGUUUGAGUGUUUUAUAUAAUGUUAUAACAUGAUAACAUACUUCCAUUUUGCAUUGUAGUCAAUGGCUUGUGACCACUAAGCAAAAUUUGACAACCAAUUUUCUCUGUAUCGAAGGAAUAUAUAAACUGUUUUUGGGGAUCAACUACAAGCACAUAAAGUGAAAAUAAGGCCUCAUGUAAAAAUGGCUAAACUACCCCUGAAUGGAGAAAAUGUACAGAUAACUGUUUGCAAAUAAUUUGUUGAUGUUUUGUCCUGCUAUCAUGUGAGGUUGUAGCGAGUGUGCGUGCGUGUGUGCGUGCCCUUUAGUUUUUAGUUUUUUAUGCUGGAUUAAUCAUGUGAAGACUGAUAAAUGUGACUCAAUUGUAUAAUUAUGUUGUAAAACUGAAUUAAAUUUUCUACUACUUA